CGUAGAGAUGCAGAAGAGUGAGAAGAGGGCUCGUGCAGACGCCCCUCCUGCUGCGGCUGCCGCUAGUGAAGGUGAGGAAGCACACGACGACACGCACAGGUCGGCCCCCCCUCUCGCCAAUGGAUGUUUGCCGCUCUCCAGGUGCUGGUGGGUCGGUGGGCGCAUCUUCUUCGGCCAGCCAGCAGCCAACCAUCGAAUGGGUGAGCCACACAGAGGCCAAAUUUGGUGACGGAGGGAGGGUGACUGCAUGUGGGUUGUGUAUCGUUCCUGCAGGAGGACAGGGAGGCUCUUGGUUGUCUGAUCUCCCAGCUGCAGAGCAUCAAGCAGCUUGAAGCUCAAGUAGCAGAUGUCUUGUUGGACGUGCGGCCCAACCUGACUUCACAGAUUGCUGAUUCGGUAUGUUUGAGGGCAACUGGACGCAGCGCACAGAUCUCUCCUGAUCUCUGUUGUCUGUCUGUCUGUCUGUCUGUCUGUCUGUGUUAGUUGCCGGGGAUCAGCGGCAAGCUGCGGGCAUUGGAGGAGUCGGUCUCCUGGCGUUACAGCAGUGUGAGGAGCCUCAUCGGCAUGCUCACCGCCGUGAAGGUCGCCAAGCCGCCCCUCCCACAGCCCAUCGGCAACAAAGCCCUCCCAGCUCACGCCAGAUCAACGAAGGCAAGCAACGCAAACGAGCGUGUUGUGGAAACAUCACAUCUUCAUGUGUUCGUUCGCCGUGUCUGUCUGAAUCUUCCAUUGACUGGUCAGCCGUACACGGGCCGCCCAUGUCUGGACGGCCUGCCGCCCGACGUGACUCACAUCGUAUUGGGCCAUCUGCCCAUGAAGGAUGCCGUCCCCCUCUCGCGCGUCAACCGGUCGAUGAGGCAGCAAAUCAGUGACGAGACCAACGGCAUCUACAAGCACCUGGUCAUCGGCAAAGAUGAGCGCGACUUCUGGCGUCAGGGCAUUCGCAAGAACAUCGAGGGCGACUCAGCGCCAGCCCCGCCUGCCCCCUACAUAGACCACAUUUACGGCUAUGUCACUCCCACGCGACCCAGGAGGAGCAGCUCCCAGGAACGGGCCAUAGAGGAGGGCCUUAACAAAGUGAAGCAGUCACUGGUGAGUUCGGGUGGAUGUCAGGGGACAAAACCAACCCUCACCCAACACAUGGCUGUGUGCCUGACUGAUGCUCUUAUCGCCUUUAUUCAGAGCGGCCUGAGGACGGUUCACAUCACCGGCUUCGAGGACCACAAAUUUCCCCACGAGUGCGUAGAGGCGUCGCGCGGCACCAUCCGGCACAUGCGGUUGACUGAGGAGGGGCCCACACGCGGUAGCAGCGACCUGUUUGACGACGACGAGUUUGGCGGCGCGCGGCGGAACGACGUUGAGGUGGUGUUCUCACAGAUGGAGGGGCUCUACCUGGAUUAUUGGCCGACAGGACGCAGGUGUGCCAGCUGCCGCCACUCUGCACGAGACGCCCCUCCGUAUGGUCGUUGUUGGGUUGUGGGCAGGUUUCGCAAGUGGCGGUUUCCUAGCUUGCGUAGCGUGGAGUUUAGCAACGCGAUAGACGAUGACGUCAAAGGCGUCAUGAGGCGCGCCCGGAAACUCAGGACACUCGGUGAGUUAACGAGGCGUACAAUCAAAUUUGCCUUCGACUCCGCGUGUGUGUGUGUGUGUGUAGUUAUGGCACCUUUCCGGUUCUGGGUGACGGAGGUUGUGGCCGCUCUGAGGUGGUGCCCGGAGCUCGUCGACAUCAAGUGGGUGCGCUUGGGCGAGAGUGUCGAGGAUGCCGUGUCGCUGCUGACCGACCUGAAACUACAACUGGAGCCAACAUGGUCACUACCAAGUAUGAAAGGUCAGUGCAAAAGGGGAGGUGACGAAAACCACAAAGGGCGAGCGACCUAAACCAGUUGUGUGCUCUCUGCUGCGCAUGCAGGUGUCGAGAAGCGGCUUGGCAUUGAGUUGAGUGAUAAAAUUGCUGUGCCUUUCGAGCAUGACCUGAUGCACCGCCGAAGCCCCGAUUUGGUCGGCCUCCCCGCCUUCCUCGAGUGGGCAGGUACGUCUGUCAAUCGUCCCUGCCGCUUUCUGUCGAAUGUCCCUACCAUGUGUGCAGCUGCGGCGGGUUGCAAGAUCGAGUGGACGGCCCGCAUCCUGACCAUCGACUGCUCCAAGGACCUCGUCAGGAGCACUCCUGCACCCACAGGCGCCAUGGCCAACCUGGUGCGGUCGCUGGCCAACUCUGCCAAGGAGGUAACUGCCUGAGGCCGACACACAUACCAGCACACAAGGCAUCCAGCGCCUUUGUCUGUGCGUGCAGGUAGUUCUGAUGUGCGGUGGCAAGGCCCUGGACCAGUCGUGGGCAAGACUGCUGGUGUUCUCCAGUGCCACCAAGCUGACCGUCACUGGCGUGUCGUCGCCCGAGGCUCUGUCGAGUGUGCCCCCAUUCCUGACGACCGUACACGACGACAGCGGUGGCAAUCGCCAUCUGCCCAAGGUCAGGGAGCUGGAGGCGUCCAGCAGCGGAACUCUGUCCCGCGAUAGUGAGGAUGAGCGCAUAAGGGACUCUAGGUGGGAGGAGGUGUGCGAGACAGUGAACGGCCCGGGCAGCCUGCAGGCUUUGCUGGGUGCCCUCACUGGCCUUGCACCUCUCUCCCUGUUUUCUAGCGUCCAGAUGAAGUGUGUGGUGGCAGUGAAUGGCAUGGAUGGCCGCAGUCGGUCUCCUCGCGUCGUGUCGCUGGCUCUUCAGCUGAAGAGCUGCACCACGACGCGUGAGAUCCAGUCGUGCAUGCCACUGAUUGCCGGUGUUCGGCCUGCAAAGGUCAUUCUUGACGUGCCCGCGAUUCUCCGGCAGUGCAUCAAGCAGGCAGAGGGGGAGGGGUACGCUGUUCUGGAAAAGGGUGAGUGGUGGGGCCUACAGCUGUUGGACCUGCGUAUGCCGCACUAGUGCUUAGCCAGCUCUGCAGACAUAUCGAUGGGUGUCAAUGGCUCAUGAUGUG